AUGUCCAACGCUGGAAAGUUUCAUGACCCCAUUCCUAAAGUCCCUCCUGCAGGAGUGACUACUACCAUCAAGGAUGAGGACGCUGGAAGAUGUAUUAAGGCGGACAACUACCACACUGCGCCUGAUACUCCCCCACAUAUUAAGAAAUACAGGAAAAGUUUUAAUAACCAGCCAGGAAUAAAACAGAGACAUUAUGGCUUAGUAGAUGAUUCUCUCCCAGAUCAGACAUUCGGUAAGAAAACUUACGGUUCCGAACAUGUCGAUGAAGUAAUCAGAGCCCAGAACCUGCGUGGCCUUGCUGACUUUAAUAAUGACCUCAAGGAGGGCAAAUACCAGUCUCACAUCCGUGAGCCACUCGGAAAGUCCUAUCAAAGAGGAUAUGCCUUCCCAGAUACCGUUAAAAAGGGAGAAUUUCAGUUUGGAGUCCCCUCCGGCUUCAGUGAAUCUGCCAAAGAUGUAUUAUACCCAGAAGACGGCCAUAGAGAAGCCAGAAAUAGAAAAGAAGAUCCAGGAGUUCAGAAGGAAAGAGCUUAUAACUGGAAUAUGGACCAUACAAAGCACAAGUUUGGCUAUGCCGAGACUAAAGUGCUUAACGGAGCUGCUCAUAGUCUACACCCAGAAAGAUUGGAGAGCAAAUUCCCCAAAACUGUGAUUGUUAAGAAAACAGUUGAGGAUUUCAAACAAGUUGCGCAUGAUAUUCUUGGCAAGUCCAAAAACUUAGGACAAGGAGAAGUCCCAAUAGAUAGAGAUAGUGCUUUCGGUAUUUCUACCAUUGGAAAUGAUGCCUGGAAUGCAGCUAAAUGUAUCCACGGAGAGCCAGGAGAGAAAGAAAUCCAGCCAGAUCACGAUCUUGGAAGAAGCACAAAGCCAGGCUGUAUGAAUGAAGUGAGGAAAGAAGAAGAUAACAACAGAGUUUUUGGAACUCCUUCUAUUAGACUAGAUAUUCCUUACAAAGAGAAGAAAUCAGUGGCUGAUCACCAAAACUAUGGAGAUGAACCUGAUGCUGUUGACCUGUUAUUCCCAACUACUUUCACCGAGCUUGGAAUAUCAGAAUAUGAUUUCUCUGCACUCAGACCAAGAGAAGCAGUAAAAGAGUUAUUUUCGAAAAUUGGGUACAAUUAUAAAAUUGGUAAAUUCAACGCAAUGUUCAACAGAGCCAGAGAACUAGACAACACAACUACAGACAUGUGCUCAGUUAGAUCUUUUAUGAAGAUAGUUGAAGAUAUGAAUGAUAUUGAAUAA